GAAUCAAAAUGAUACGACCAUUUAUGAGAUACAAGUCAAAGCGUUUUCAUGGGAAGCAAGCACGAUAAUGUACGUUGCAGAGUGGGAUAUGACAGAUUGACUGUUUCAAUAACUACAUGGAGUGCUUUCCAUUUACUGACUCAAGUCGACUUGUGUCGCUAUUUCUGGUGUAUUCCUUUGCCCAGAUUGGCCGGUUACACCAGAAAUAGCGACACAAGUCGAUUUGAGUCAGUAAAUGAAAAGCACCCAUUAUUAAUUUUGAACACAAUAUUGGCCUUUUCCGCGAUGUUUCAAUAAAAAAAAAAAAAUAAAUAAAUAAAUAAAAAAAGUUACCAAUGCGCCGAGAGAUUAGACAGCUACGAUAACGUCAUUGUACUGGUCUAAUUGAAAAAUUCAAAUCGACGGGAAUUACCGAUAUGCAUACGUCGAAACCAAUCGACGCCGCGUCUCAAAUCCAACAGCGAAUACUGCAUUUAGAAUCACCCGACAAUUUUGUCUUUCGUUCGCACCAGGCACUUAUCCGUGUAAAUCUGUUAUCUCAAAGAGUAUUUCAACGAGAUCCAGAAGAUACUAAACUGGUAAAUCAAUGUGGCCGAAAAAAAUAACUUUCGAACUAAAAACAAUCAACAGCCCUUACUGAACACGUCUCAUCCACGUGUUUGUCAUUUAGUAGUCCACAUAAUAAGGGGACAGGCUGAAAUCAAAGCUGUACAAACGACAGGCAAUGUGUUUGAAGGCUUUGAGUCGACCUGGCGCAGAUCUAUCAUUCUUGGAAGCUAUGGUUUGACUUAAUAAAACCGAUAUGAGUAGAAAUGAAGUCAAUAGAAGUAAAAUUGAGUUGAAACAAUUGAUGUCCAGCCCUUGCACAGUUGCUAAACCUAAAGCGCAAUCAGAACUAUUACCAUCUCCAAAGAUACUUGUGCCAAACCUGAAAAUUCCCUGUGCUUCUGACGCAGUUGAAAUUGCAUAUUCACAGAAGUAUGGCCGGCAUCUGAUUGCUAAUCGAAAACUUAAGCCUGGGGAAGUUUUACUGGUAGAAAAACCAUUUUGCAAAAGACUGCUGUUCCAGAACAUCUAUACACACUGUUCAAAUUGUUGGCAACCAUCCUAUGCUAUGAUUCCAUGCAAAAGCUGCGUCAAUGUAGCAUACUGCUCAGAAACUUGUAAAGACAAAGCCUGGGAUAAUUACCAUGAGGUCGAAUGCACAGUUAUGAGAUUCUUGCUUUGUUUUGAACUCAAUGAAGAUAUUUUCCUAACCAUGAGAAUGGCAAUAAUAGCCACGCAAAAAGGCAAAAAGAUACAUUUAUUGAAACAAGCAUUGAUGACAAUUGAUCAAAACUCAGAUAUUUGACAACUACUUUAUGUUACCUUACGCAGCAAUUCCGAAAAAACUGAGACAAGAACGUUUCAAAGAGUGGAAAUUCAAUUGUGAAUGUCUACGCUGUGCAAAAAGUUGGCCCACGAUUGAACACAUACCUAGCUUCAGGGACCAAGCAUUAACUCGCCAGGUUAAAACCACACGACUUUGGCGAACAGAUAAGGACUGAUACCCACUCACUGAAAACAUUGAAUAAACUGACCUACAUGGUUGAAACAGUUCAUAAACUGGUACGGAAACCUUGCAGAGAAUUGAUGAUGAUAGUCAUGAUGCUCAAAUCUCUGUAUGACAAAACCAUUUUCGAUUAUGAACCGGCAGAUCAACUCGAGAUAGACAUACUACAAACAGCCAAUUUAUUCUCUCAAAACUUAUACAGAUAAAAUGAUACAACCUAUCUUUCAUACUACUCAGAACUUUGCAGAGACAAAGCCUGGAACGAAUACCAUGAGAUAGAAUGCUCAAUCAUGGGAUUCUUGUUGUGUUUUUCUGUCCCUGAACAAUAUUGGCUUGGUGUAAGACUCACUAUAAUGAUUUCACAAAAAGGAAUGAAAUUGGCUACAUUGAAGGAAGAGCUUGCACAUGUCGAUCGAUUCAAAGGUCCACAUACAAAGGAAAAUAGCAACGAUGGAAAAUUCUGCAAUGACCAGUACCGUAACAUUUAUACCCUGCCAAAUAAUGUUGGCUCUUCCUUUGUGCUAAAGCAACUAGUUAGUGUUCUGUGGUGUGCUUUAUCAAUAUGUAUGAUCGGAAGAGAGACUGAGAUGUUCGGGAAGAAGAUGGAAGUAAAUUAUACAUUUACAAAAAAUCCACAUGUAAUAUUUGUUGGAGAGCUGAUGCUGAGAAACGUGGAUAUUACUUUAAUGAAGGCUACAGUUUUCGGUGCAUCUUGUCGUUCAGCUUCUUAUGAUCACGGACUUGCACUUUUGGCUCUUUGUCGUCUGGCGAAUCAUUCAUGUGAUCCAAAUACAAUAGAACAAUGGUAUACAGACCACCUUGCUCUGUAUGCUGCCUAUCCUAUUGAGAAAGGCGAACAGAUAUUCAGAAGCUAUGUACCCCGUUACAUUGUGAUGGAAAAAAGCACAAGACGCGGACGUCUUCAGGAUCGAAACUUGAUGUGUGAAUGCAUCCCUUGCAAAGAAGAUUGGCCCACGCUCGUCACUUAUUGUAGCUACAAGCAAAAAGCAGUUACUCAAGAGGCCAAAACUAAAAUUGAUGCCUUUUUGCAACAAUACCUUGUGACACAUAGUGAUUUCUUACAAAAAGAUAUCACUCAAAACAUUCCUAACAUUAUCAUCGAAGUGAUAAAAAUGAUUGAAUUACUGCAUAACCUUGUGCAGAAACCUUGUAGUGAAUUGGACAUGGCGGUUACAAUGCUCAAAGAUCUUUACGCGGCAGCUGACAUCGUGUACGACUAUGUACCAGUCACUCCACCUGGGAUAACAAUUCAGUGCUUAGUAUUUUACGCGUCGCUUCAGCACACGCUCUCAAAAAAUUAAACUUUUCACUCGUAAUUUUCAUUCUUAUUUUUCUGAACACCUCGAACUUUGUCGAGGUUUAUACGUAUUUGAAUAAUUAUAUCUUUAAUAUCU